GUUGAAUGUCUUUCUUUCAAGGCGCAUCUCCUUCCCUUGCAUCUUUUCUAUCCAUAAUAUCCUUCCAAUUGACCAGCCUGAGUCAUUUCAUCUGACCAUUCAUUUCUCUUAAUUCUUUCCAAUUUGUAUUUUUGUUUUAUUUUAUAUGUUCCUUUGAGGAACUAUUAAAAAAAGUUCGAAGAUUUUUAUUCCUUCUCUCCACGUUAUUUUCCUUUUUAUAUAAACAUAUUUCAUCAUGGGAAAAAUCCAGAAGAAGACCGGAAAGGGACGUCUGGACAAGUACUAUCACAUGGCCAAGGAGCAGGGCUAUCGUGCUCGUUCUGCGUUCAAACUGGUCCAAUUGAAUAAGAAAUACAACUUCUUGGAACGAUCCAAGGUCUUGAUUGAUCUGUGUGCUGCUCCAGGAGGUUGGUUGCAGGUCGCUGCAAAGAUGAUGCCAGUCAGUAGUUUGAUCGUUGGUGUCGAUCUGGCUCCUAUCAAACCCUUGCCUAAUGUCAUCACUUUUGUCGAGGACAUUACUACCGAGAAAUGCCGAGCCACUCUUCGGUCUACACUCAAGACCUGGAAGGCCGAUGUUGUACUGCACGAUGGUGCUCCCAAUGUUGGUGCUGCAUGGGUACAGGAUGCGUUUACACAAUCUGAACUGGUAUUACAAUCCCUUAAGUUGGCGACUGAGUUCCUCAACAAAGGUGGUUGGUUUGUCACUAAGGUCUUCCGAUCCAAAGAUUACAACAAUCUUAUGUGGGUCUUUCAACAGUUGUUCAAGAAGGUCGAGGCCACCAAGCCUCCUUCUUCCAGAAAUGUCUCUGCAGAAAUUUUCGUAGUUUGUCGUGAUUUCUUGGCCCCCAAGAAGAUUGAUCCCAAGUUCCUGGAUCCCAAACAUGUCUUUUCAGAUAUUGAUACUGGAAUGGUUUCACAGCCUAUGGAUGUAUUCCAUCCUGAAAAACAUAAGCGUCAGCGUGAAGGAUAUGAGGAUGGAAACUAUAUAUUGCACAAAACUAUGGAUGCUUGGGAGUUCAUUACUCAUCAGGAACCGGUAACUGUUCUCGGCAGCGUUAACAAGUUUUCAUUCGACUCUGAAGAAUCCAAAGAAAAGCUUUUGAAGAGUGUUGAGACAACUGAGGAAAUUAGGGCAUGCUGUGAGGAUUUGAAAGUCCUGGGAAAGAAGGAUUUUAAGAGCCUUCUCAAGUGGCGUCUUAAUAUUCGUCUACAAGUCGGUCUGGACAAGAAGCCUGAGCCCAAAUCCACGGCUCAGGAGACCGUUGAGGUAACAGCAUUAGAUGAUAUUGAGGCUGUGGAGGAGCACGCUGCAGCUGCAGCUGCUGAGGAGUCUCGUUUGGAGCGCAUUCGUCGUCGUCAGAAAAACGAGCGUGUUCAGAAGAAUGUCCAGAGAAUGCAGUUGGGCAUGAUCAUACCUACAGAUAUCGGUUUGGAGCAGGAUGGACCAGAUGGCCAGUCAUUAUUCUCAUUGACUAACAUUAAAAAGGCGGGAAGCUUGAAGAUGGUCCGCAAAGGUGACACAGAUGUGGAUCCUGAAGAGUUCAAUGCGGAGAUGGACAUGGGUGAAGACAUUGUCACUGGUGAACAGGACACAAAGGCUAUCUCAAAGCGAAAGAGUAAGAGUAUGGUCCGGGAGGACAUUGAUGCCCAAUUCGUCAAUGAGAACGAGAUGGAGAGCGAUGAAGAGCAUGAUGCAGCCUUGAUGGAGGAACUGGAUGAGAUGUAUGCACAGUACAAGGAACGUCAGCUCGAACGUGAUGCUAAAAUGCGUGCCAAGACGAAACGCGAGGAUAAAGGCGAGUGGAAAGGUUUCAAGAAAGAUGGAUCUGGAGAUGAGGGUUCUGAAUCUGAGGAUGAAGAAUAUGAGAAGGCUCUUCAACAACCUGAUGAUGAUACCUCGGAUUCAGACUCGGAUUCAGAUCCUGGUAUUGAUGAUGAUGACUUGCCUGAAACAAAAAACACAAAGAAAAUGUUUAAAAAGAACUCAAAGAACCCAUUACUAGUUGGCUUGGAUGACAAGGAACAGGCUGAACUUCGCCAGAAGACUGAGAGCGGUUUAACCAAAGGGGCCAAAAUGUUCUUUGAUCAGGAUAUGUUUAAAAAUUUAGUCGGCGCGGAUGAAGAGGAUGAGGACGAGGAUGAGGACGAGGAUGAGGAUGAGGAUGAAAGCGAAGAGGAGGAAGAGGAAGAAGAGGAGGAUGCUGAUGAUGAAAGCAAUGAUGACGAUAAUGAAGAUGAAAACCAGAAUGACAUCGAGAUGGACAGUGACGAGGAGAUUCGUCAGCUUAACAAGAACAGAAAGACUCUUAAGCGCAAAGCAGCUGAGCCUGCGGAGGGUGAUGUUGAUGAUGAUAUUGAAAUGGUUCCCGUUAGUCGGGAGUUUGAGGAUGAUGAGUUGUGGGAUGGUGAAUCUGAUGAGGAAGAGAGCAAAAAGCGUAAGCAGAUCAACGAGUACUCUCUUAUCACAGCAGAGGCUAUGACGCUUGCACAAUCGCUUGUCAACAAGAAGAUCACUAAGACAGAUUUGAUUGACCAAGGGUUCACAAAACAUGCAUUCGCUGAUAAGGAUGGCCUACCAUCAUGGUUCUUGGAGGACGAAAAGUUGCAUAAUAUACCUAACUUACCGAUCACCAAGGAGGCGGUCCAAGUCAUCAAAGAUCGUAUGAAGGCUCUGGAUGCACGCCCGAUUAAGAAGAUUGCAGAGGCGAAGGCCCGUAAAAAGUACAAGGCAGCGCAGAAGUUAUUGAAAAUCCAGAAGAAGGCUGAUGCCAUCAACGAUACAGAAGAUAUCUCGGAAAAGCAAAAAGCCAUUGGCAUUGCCAAGCUGAUGGCCAAGGCAAAUGCCAAGAGUAAGAAACCUAAGAAGGAAGUAAAACUGGUUGUGGCCAAGGGUUCUAACAAGGGCAACAAAGGACGCCCGAAAGGAGUCAAGGGAAGAUAUAAGAUGGUGGAUUCUCGCAUGAAGAAGGAGCUGCGCGCGACCAAGAGGAUAGCCAAGAAGGCCAAGGGAAGCAAUCGCAAGAAGUAGAUAAACUAUUCACCAUGUUCUGUGACAUUUUAGACUUUCUCCUUCCGUUCAGUAUACACUUGCUUCCAUUUCGCUGUACUUUUAGUCUCAUUUCUCAUCCAAGCAUACACGACUAGUGCAUGCUUUCAUUUCCUUUAUCAUUUAUAAUCUUCAUAUUCAUGGUAAUAAAGCACAUUACAUUUCAUUC